GAUAGAAGCGAGUGAGCGAGCGAGCGAGCGAUUGAUUGAUUUGUGCGUCUACAUUGCAAUUUGCUGCGAACCCUAAUUUUCAGAAACCAAAAAGUACAUAAAUCGCCAAAAAUCGAACCCUUCCCUUUCUUUCUCUCAUUCACUCACUCCUUCGUACUUUCAGAGGUGGGUUUUGUUUUGUUUGCAGAAUGGCGUCUGUGUCGAGUCAGCCACAGUUUCGGUACACGCAACCACCAUCCAAGGUUCUCCAUCUAAGAAACUUGCCUUGGGAGUGCACAGAAGAGGAAUUGAUUGAGCUUGGGAAGCCCUUUGGUAAAGUUGUGAACACCAAAUGCAAUGUUGGGGCAAACAGAAACCAGGCUUUUAUUGAAUUUGCGGAUUUAAACCAAGCUAUUGCCAUGAUAUCAUAUUAUGCCUCAUCCUCAGAGCCUGCUCAAGUUAGAGGAAAAACUGUCUACUUACAGUAUUCUAAUAGGCAGGAAAUAGUGAACAACAAAACUGCCGCAGAUGUUGCUGGUAAUGUACUUUUGGUAACAAUAGAAGGUGAAGACGCGCGCCUUGUCAGCAUUGAUGUUUUGCAUUUGGUAUUUUCAGCUUUUGGAUUUGUGCAUAAGAUUACUACCUUCGAGAAGACUGCUGGAUUCCAGGCACUAGUGCAAUUUUCAGAUGCAGAAACUGCUACUUCAGCAAAAAAUGCCCUUGAUGGAAGAAGCAUUCCUAGGUAUCUGCUUCCUGAGCAUGUUGGAUCAUGUACCCUGAGGAUCACAUAUUCUGGACAUACGGAUCUGAGCGUGAAAUUUCAGUCCCACAGGAGCAGGGACUACACUAACCCUUAUCUUCCUGUUGCUCCAUCAGCUAUAGAUGGGAGUGGUCAGUUUGUUGUGGGUUUGGAUGGGAAGAAGCUAGAACCUGAGAGUAAUGUGCUGCUUGCAUCCAUUGAAAACAUGCAGUAUGCUGUCACCUUGGAUGUUUUAUACAUGGUGUUUUCUUCUUUCGGGCCUGUUCAAAAGAUCGCGAUGUUUGAUAAGAAUGGGGGAGUUCAGGCUUUGAUUCAAUAUCCUGAUGUUCAGACUGCAGUUGUUGCUAAGGAAGCCUUGGAAGGACAUUGCAUUUACGAUGGAGGGUUUUGCAAACUACAUCUCUCGUAUUCACGCCAUACUGAUCUGAGUAUUAAGGUCAAUAAUGAUCGGAGCAGAGAUUAUACUCUCUCUAACGUUCCGAUGGUCAAUGCCCAGCCUUCCAUUUUAGGUCAACAGCCAGUUCCAAUGAUGGCUUCAAAUCCUCAGUACUCUGGGGCUCAAUUUGCUCCAACUGAGCAGGUCGGAAUGCCACAGAAUUCAGCGGGAUGGGCAACUGGUGCUCCGCAGGUACCUCAGUCCAUGGCCAUGCCCAUGGCCAUGCAUAGUCAUCCGUACAUGCCACCUGGGGCCAUGCUUCCUCACCCUGGAAUGAGGCACCCGCCAGGCCAGAACGGCCCACCGCAGGCGACAAUGGCCCCAUAUCGUCCGGAUGGGAUGCAAUAGUGCUUGCCUUGGGUGUUCCAAUCCUUUGUCUUCUGCUCAAUGAGGCAAAGCCUACAACGGUAUUACAAGGAGUUUGGAUUGUGACAAUGGGACAACGACCCACUUCUGGAAGUCUCGGAAUCCUUAUUUCAUUUUCCAUUUUUAUUCGUGAAAUUUGAUGACGAGAUUCUGUAGUCAGCGGGCUGUGAGACCUUAUAUCGUCCCAUGAGUUCUUACUUGUGUAAUUUUGUUACCCCUAAUGACACCUUUGUUGGAAAUUUUCUUUUUUAAAA